AUGACGGCUGUUGGAGGGGAUGCUCCGUGGAAUUCGGAGAUUGCCCAUGAUGACGACUCGCUCUACGUCAACCCUGGAAGUCCGCCUCCUCCGCCAGGUAGUCAUACGGGAGUGGGGUCGCCGUUGCAGCUCUCUCCGCCGUCUCGCAACAGCUUCGGCGCAGGUGAAGGAAAAGAGGCAGGUGCGGAAUUUGAAGGGUCAAAGGACGGCCAAGCUGCCCGUCGAGGUACGAAGACGAAGACGCAGCAACGGGAGACGCUGCCAUCAUGGCGCCCGAGAUUCACCAGGGAUCCCGACGGAGACGGCACGUACGACGAAACCACGGUUGACGUCGUUACCGUUCCCUGUCCCGGAGGCCAUCCCUUGCGAAGCUGGACCCGUGACGGGCUGAUGAGUCGCUACUUCGGCGCGCCGUCGAUGCGCAACGCCGAGGCCGUCGUGGACGACGAACUUGGCGAUCCUCAACGGCCCGUCGCUUCGUGGGUCAGGCAGGGCAUCCGCCGUGAGGCCAGCCGGGCGAGGAUUCUCCUGUACGAGCACCCGCCCGUGACGGAGGGCGUGACGAUGAGCAAGCUUGCCGAUGCGCUGCUGCAGGAGCUGCAAACCCUGCGCUGCCAGGAGGGAGCCCAGAGGCCGCUGCUGUUCAUCGGCCACGGCGUCGGCGGCUUGGUGGUGAAGAUGGCGCUUUGCAAGGCGAGCAGGAGCGCACAGUACGAUGCCAUCGCCCGGCAUUGCUACGGCGUCGCCUUUUUCGGCACUCCGCACCAGGGGUCGGCCUACCUCGCCAUGCCAACCCUCGCGCCCAGCAUCCAGUCUCUCCUCCAGCUCGAGACGCCCCUGCCUGUGUCCAUUACCGACGAUUUGCGUGUCGGUAACAGCCUGCUCCUCCACAUCGACGACGAGUUCAAGUCGGCCUCCACCGACCUUCAAAUCUGGACCUUUUACGAGACCAUCGACUCCCGCCUCUCCAGCAGGGGAAGCGACGCAGAGCCGAGGGAUGUCUACUUCACCGCGCCUUUGACCUCCAUCAAGUCGGCCAUCUUGGGCAUGCGCCAGGAGAGCAUCUUCCCGCUGCAGAGCGACCACGCCAACAUUGCCUCCUUUGGCCGCCACAACGUCCACACCCUCCGCUUGUUCCUGAAACAGCUCGCUGCCCAGAUCAACCGGGCAGACCUCACCGUUCGGGAUGGCGAUUAUGAUGGCCAUUGGACCUUGGGGCUCGAGCAAAAAGUCAACGUCGAGGUCCACGGAUUCUACGACGACCCGCCCAUCGCCUCGCACGACGAAGGCGUUGCCGUGAGGGCCUGGUCCACGAGGUUACCCCUCAAGGAGUUUUUGGCCAAGGGGCCCGACGCGUGUCUGAGCGAGAGGCUGCACGAGGUCGAUGGCGCACCCGAGGAGAGCAGAUUCUUGCGAUCGAGGGGGAGGACCUCCCUCAUGCAGAGAAGCAGCCAAGGCGAGGCGCCCGGGGCCGGCCAGGAAAUCGUCUCGACGCCCGACGCCCUGAUCAUGGCCACGACGAAUGCGCUUGGCAUCCAGUCCCGCCAGGCCGUCGCCCCCGGCGAGCCCAUGAUCCGUCCUGUCGAGGCCUUCCACGAGAGGCCGAGCUCGGCGCUGGCGACGAUCCCACAAACGGUCAUGACGCCCCCGUCCCAAGCCAUGUCCCCCGACGCGUGUCUGAGCGAGAGGCUGCACGAGGUCGAUGGCGCACCCGAGGAGAGCAGAUUCUUGCGAUCGAGGGGGAGGACCUCCCUCAUGCAGAGAAGCAGCCAAGGCGAGGCGCCCGGGGCCGGCCAGGAAAUCGUCUCGACGCCCGACGCCCUGAUCAUGGCCACGACGAAUGCGCUUGGCAUCCAGUCCCGCCAGGCCGUCGCCCCCGGCGAGCCCAUGAUCCGUCCUGUCGAGGCCUUCCACGAGAGGCCGAGCUCGGCGCUGGCGACGAUCCCACAAACGGUCAUGACGCCCCCGUCCCAAGCCAUGUCCCCGGUGUCGAGGCACUCGACGCCAAUGACACGCCCGUCACCGCUCAUCCGCGCCGACUUUGACCAGGACCUUGCCAUCGACCGCCUCUCGCCGCCACCCCACCCCCGCGCCGGCCGCGCCAUGAGCAGGUCGUUUAGCCUUGGCAGCGACCGUUCGCCCCUGGAGUUCCGUGACUUUCCAGCACUCUCCCAGCGCAGCCGCAGCACCCUGCACGAUGGCGCCGGCACCGACGCCGACGAUGACGCCGACGCCUCCUCGAGACUACCCGACGCAGUUGUGGCCAUGCGAAAGGCAGUCAAGUCCGGAGAGAGGGGAACGAGCGAGACGGUGAUUGAGGAUGAGGCACCGGCUAUGUUUGCGAAGCCCGACGUGAGAGACCGGAGGUUUGUCUGGGUCCAUGUGCCGUACAACAACCCGACGUGGGCCAAGAAAGCACUUCAGACGCUCGAGACGUCGUACAAGAAGGACUACUCGACGCUCUAUGGCAACGACUUUUGGGCCACGAGGCAUACGAAGGGACGGCACGCCCAGCAUUACGCCUACUUUGCCAAGCCCGGCUGCUAUUUCACAGCGCCGCGAACGAUGUCCCCUCGCCAUUCCGUCACGAGCAACGCCAUGCUGCCUGCAUCGGCCGAGGAGCCCAUGUAUACCUGCCUCUUCCUGCCCUAUCUCCACUUCGACUCGUACAAGAGGCUCAUCCGGCGACGAGACUUGAUACUGAGGCGUCUCGACACGGGCCGCUCGAGGCCGGUGCCCGAGUCCGUGGCCAAGUCGGACUCGCUCGAGCUGCAGGUCGUCUGGGAGUUUCUGGGCCACGAUCCGCCCGUCAACUGCCGGCGCACCAUGGACCAGUACAGGUACCCGUCGCUGAGAGACACGCGGUCGAGGGAUGACGAUCAGAUGCUCUACAAGCUGACCAAGGAGAGGACAUGCGCGGCGAGGGACCAAGACAGGAGUCUCUACGGCCAGACGUCGACUGCAGGAUCGGGCUCCGCAAAGGGCGGAAGGCAAUCGAGCAGUGCGUCGAUGGGCUGGAGGGAGAGGCUGAUGGGCAAGAACGGGGCCGACGAUGGCGACGACGCCGGGAGCUCGGUGCUGAAUGGAAAUGUGCUGAUGGUGGACCAGCUCUGGCUCUGGGUCAUCCACUCGCACACGGUGCUCUCAUUCUUCCCUAAGCGGGAGAGCGAUCCCAUCGAGGGUCCCCUUUAUCAGCAGGCGGACCUGCGGGACAGCAUCUUCAACGAGGUCAACAUCGACCUCGGCCGGCAGUGCGAGAACGCGCUCGACCUGGCGGCCCUCGCGGCGCUGCAUGCUGUGAGCGUGCUGCUCGACCGGUCCUCGCACCCGGACCUCGAGGUGUUUCGAAUCUUCGAGGAGGCCAUUAGCGUUCUGAACGAAAAACUCACGUCGUCGCUGAAGGAGUUUCGCAAGGUCGGCUUCCGAGACAAGGCCUUUGACUACGAACCCGUGGAGAACAAGGCGCGCUCGAUCCGGGCGCGGCACAAGGAGGAGGGCCGGCGCGCGGAGAAGGAGAACCGCGACAGCACGUCGGCGCUGCUCGAGCUGCGCGACAUCGAGGACGAGCUGCUGACGCUGCUGCACCUCUUCGAGCGGCAGUCCAAGGUGAUUGCGUCGAUGAACGCGACGUACAUGCGACCCGAGCUCCGAGAGCUGACGGUCAAUGGCCGCGCGUUCCUCGGCGAGGCCCUGAAGCGGCUUCGCGAGUACGCGCACCAGGCGGACGAGAUGGUGCAGCGCGUGCGGGCGACGCGCGACGACUACGACAAGCUGCUGCAGAUGGUGCAGCGGCAGGCGCAGGUGGACGAGGUGCGCCUGAGCCGGCUGCACGCGGACCUCGCGAGCGCGCAGAGCCGGAGCGUCAUGAUCUUCACCACAUUUACCGUCAUCUUCCUGCCGCUGACAUUCUUCACCGGCCUCUUCGGCAUGAACACGCAGGAGUGGGGCGGCGGGAACAACCUGAGCCUCGAGGAGAUUGGCACGAUUGCGCUGCCGUCGAGCUUCUUGCUCGUGUUCCUCUCCCUCAUCAUCGCCUUCAGCACGGGCGCCAGGACCUUCUUCCGCUGGCUCAGCGGCUUGUACCGACGGCUGGCGAGGUGGCUGUACUCGACGCUCUGGCGACCGCUGCUCACGCGCUUCCUCGACGCAUGUCGGGCGGCAAGAGAGCGGUGGCUCGCAUCGCGAGGCGAGGACGGCGAGGGCGGCGGCGGCGGCAGAGGUCGGCGGACGAAGCGAGGGAUCGAGAGAGAGGUGAGCGACUUUUGGGAGAGGCAUCGGCUCGAGCGGGAGAGGGGAUACCAGAUCCCGGACGUCAAUAGGAGGCGACCGGGAGAUGGCAUCGUCUCGGGAGGCGGUCGGGCGAGCACCGGCGUGAGCGGCGUGAGCGGUACUUUUGGAGCGAGACGGGGACGAUGA